AAGGUAAAAAAUUGAUUCUAGAAGAAAGGAGAACUUUAACAGUACAUCAACUUGAAAUUGUAUUCAUCAAAACAACAGAAAUGUCGGAGUCCACCAAAGGAAUGCCUUCGCGGACUACCGAACAAGUCCAAAACCCUGAACAAGUGAAAGUAGAACGAGAUCUCCCAGUUGAAGGUGGAACUGACGACGAUGCCUUGGAAUUCCUCAAUGUGGCAAUCGAAAGCCAGAUUAAAGUGGCGAUGGCUCGCGUCGCCACAGCUUUUGAGUCGGAAUUACGGAAAUUGGAGGACCGCAUAAACCGAAAAUUCGGGACAGAGAUUAUGUUGACUACUCACCCAAGUAGGGUAACCCCAACAUGGUCCUUACCUUUAUGGUCCUUAGGUACCUGGUGCAAUCUAGUCCCCCCACAUCAACAUAAUUAUUCUUAUCAUUACAAACAUUAUAUUGGAUCUAUUGCUUUUUAUGUAAUUUUGUUUCCUAGUUAGAUGACGAGCCCCACCGGUAUUAUAAACAUUUUUUAUAUGCACCCCACGCACAAUCCUGUUCCUUCAGACUCCGCGAGAUCCUAAGCCGUGAUCUAGAGAAGGCCUCACAAAGGGUAUCUGUAGUGGAGCACCAAUUGCGAAUGUCUAGGGAGAAGCAAAUCUUGGAUGCUUUAGCCAUCAUGGACAAGAAACUGGAGAACUUAGAAGAAGCAGCACUUGCGGAAGACAAAACGCCUGUUAGUUAAGGAGGCUGGUGAUUAUUGUGAUAAAUUUGCGGAAGAUAAAACGCCCGUUUUUAGCUAAGUAGGCUGGUCUUGCUCCACUGAUCGAGAUGAAGUUACUAAGUAGUCUGUUUGGUCCCUGUUCGUUAAGUAGUCUGAUUGAUGUGAUGGAUUUGUUUUGAUGAUGAUGGAUUCUACUGUUGUAACCGUUCUGCAUGUCUAUGCUCUAAUUCAAAAUGCAGGUCGAAAAUGUUUGGAGAGAGAAAGUUCUAGGAUGGAAAGAGGAGUUUUACCAUACUUUGGAGGCGAGUGCUAGGGGUCUUCGAUCCGAACUCUCAGACCUGGACUUGCGCUUCAAGACCUUUCACAACUGGUUCAAAGACUGCAUCACACCCGAACUUGUUAUGUUGAGAGAUGAUAUUGGACGUUUUGGAGGUCAUACCGCAUGUGCAACAUGCUUCUAUCUAGGUAUUGCACCACUAAGAUUCUUGUCGUAGCUUCAUUUGUAUACGGCUAUUCCUAUCGUUGAUUCAUUAUUAUUCCAACGCCUCCCACACCCAGUUAGUUAGUUAUUCUUGUAAUAAAUCGUUCUUAUGAUGAAGAUCAUCUAGUGGUAACUUAAAGUUCCCGCGUACGUUCAUAGCGCCACUGAUUCAUUCGAAGUUAGAGGUGGAGGCUUCGGAACGGGAGAAGAACGACGAAAGCCUACUCUCCUGUCUCAGCAAGUACACGCGUGUAAUGUACAAGCAUUUUGGCGUCGCUCCUGGUGUGGAAGGUUUGGAAAUUGAUACGACCCAUCGACAUGAGGAAGAUUUGGAGGACCUUCAUCGACAUGAGGAAGAUGAACACGCAGAGAAGACGAUCAGUGGAAACUUGAAACCAGUACAGAAGACCAGUACGGCAAGCGUGGUAGUGGUUGGAGAAGACGAGGGCAGGGUAGGAGCGAGUAGCAGGAGCAAUGUUGAAAAUUUAUGAUCCUAUCAUGGCUCACUUCUAUAUUUUCUCGUUCAUCUCGAUUGAUGAGGAUCAAGAUCAAGAUCUUGAUUUUGCUAAUAAUGAUCAUGACUCCAGUUCCAGAUCCAUCUCCUUCUAAGAUCAUCGUCCUCAUCGACUAGCAGAAGAUCUUCGAAAAAAAGUGUUCGUAUCUCGGUACCAUCUACAGACGGAGGAGAGCCGGCUACUGAAGACGUGAAAAGGACAGGUUCCGCCGGUGGGUUCUCUUUGCCUCCUGAACUUCGAAACGAAAGUUACGAAGACGACGUGAAGAACAAUAUAACGAUGGGUAGCACAUUAACUACAGUUAGUGGAGGUGGUAGAAGAACAAGUAGUAGUGCUUCUCGGUUGGCUUUUGCGGAGCAAGUGGAAAAUUCAUCUGGAAACCGGAAAGAACUCGAUGAGGAAGCGCGGAAUAUGGAUUCUAGUAAAAAGGAAGACCAGCAGGACGAGCCCUCGGCGGGAUCUUCAUCUUCAAAAAACAGAGUCGUACCAUCGAAGAUGUCGAGCGACAUGUCAGUGUCGAGUAACAUCAAGACAAAAAGGAACUACUCCUCGUCCUCUACUACAAGUGCUAGUAUGACGUCUGCAUCUGGUGGUUAUAGAAGUAAUAGUGUGACAUCAGCAGGUUCAGCAGGUAGUCGGCGCACGGUAAGCGAAAUGUUAGGUAAAGUCGUGAAGCCGUCCUCGAUGUCUGCGCCGGCGAAGAUACUAGAACAAAAUGAUGAAGACGCAAACGUUGCAGAAGAGAAAAGCGACGAUGCGGGCAAGACGGUAAAUGAUGGUUCAACAGGGGUGGAAGAACAAGGAGAAGUACCAAGUACAUCAGGAUCAGGCGGCAUGAUUACUGAUGUUGUCGGAGACGGAAAGAAUCCCAAUAGCACUGGUGAUGUUACAGGAAGUCGAAGUAGGAAUAGUGGUAAACCAGAAGGAGGAGGACAAAGAUUUUCGUUUUUCAACGAGACGAAUUUCACGAGCUAUGAAAGUAUCCUUCAAAAAACUUCGAGAAGAAACUGAAUGAGACAACCAUAGCCAUAGGACGAAUCCGACGCAUGUACUUGAGAGAAAAAUAC